AUGGGGCUGGGGCUGGGGCUGGGCCUGCUGCUCUUGUCCCUGGGAGAGCCAGGGUGGGCCGGAGGCUGUCUGAGCUGUGAUCCCAGCUUCAUGGAAGAGAUGGAGAAGCUCCUGGGAGAGAUGAUUCCCCAGGAGGCUCCCACCCGCCCUGCCCUUUUGGAAAGGCAGCUCCAGGCCCUGAGGGACCCCGAUCCCCAGGGCCUGGGGGUGGAGAAGAGACUGCGAGUCCUGGACGUCCGUGGAGCCGCAACACUGAGACUGUGGCUGAAGAAGAAGAUUCUGGCCCUGAAAGAGGAACCGCAGAAAGGCGUGUUUAUCCUCCAGGGCCAGUUGCUCCGCAUCCGGGGUGAACUCAGGCUUCGGCUCCGAGAAGCCCUGAGGGCUUUUUCCAACCUCGCCUGUUCAGAAGACUGUACGCUGAACGAGGGACCGGUGCUUGACUGUUGGACGUGUUUGCGGAUCAGCACUUCAUGCUUCAGAGGAGAACUGUGCGGAGAUGAGAAUCCUUGGGUCGCUGAGCAGCGGGAAGUCACCCUGUUCCUGGUGCUGUUGGUAGAGGCCGUAGUACUUGGCUCUGCUAUGCUACUAUUUCUUCUUUGUGUCUCUCACCGGAAGAGAAUGAAGGAGCUCCGGGCAUCCCGGGAAACAAAGACAGAGGAGAAGUGAUGGGAAGUGACCCGGAGGGGAGUUUCAAUCCCACAAAUAUAGGAAAAUUAAAUCACAUA